GGUGACGUCAUCAGCGCGCUGUCGAGGCCGGGGGGCGCGCGCGCGCGGCGCCGGAGGUGCAGCGAGCCCCGCCAUGAGCUCCAAGGCCAAGCGGGUAUUGCCCACCCGCCCUGAGCCGCCCACCGUGGAGCAGCUCCUGGCCGACGUGCGGGGCGCACCCCCGGCCGACCCCGUCCUCCUGCUCCCGGCUGACCCCCCCCGAGGCAGCGGCGGGCAGGAGGACGGCGCGGAGGAGCAGGAGCGGCUGUACCGGCAGUGCCGCGGUUACGUGGAGAUGAACCGACGGCUGCGGGAGGCGGGGGGGGAGCUUGCAGAGAAGCGUGAAGAACUGCAGAGGGCGGGCACGGCACUGGAGAGGGACAUCGCCGAGAUGCGGCAGAAGGCGUUCUGAGCUCGGGACGCGGCCCGGCCCGGGGGUCUCACCGGGAGCCCCCCCUGA